AUGCACUCUGGCCAGAGUGAAGAAGCCCUUUUGAAGUUUCUCAAAGAUGCAGAAAUAGUUCCACCAUACUGGAUGCAAAAGCACCAGGAAACCACUCAUAUUUGUGACCAAUUGCUCUACCACUUCAACUACAGCCUCAAAGCUUCUGGUCCCGACGACUAUGGCACAGCCGUCUGGUGGACCUCGAUGGAGGAAGGCAGUGGCGAGCUGCAGAUAGAUAUUGGCCAGUCCAGAAGAGGUGGCCACACUUCCUUUGGCCGUGGAAGAUCAAGCCUGUUGCCCCGAAGGGAAGCCUCAGAGAGUGGUGGCCGAUUCUCGUGCAAGUUUUGCUCGUACGCCUCAAACAACGGUGCCAAUCUCCAGAGACAUGUUCGAGUGCAUACGGGAGAGAAGCCAUUCAAGUGUAGGCACUGCCCAGCUGCGUUCUCACAAAGCGGGAAUUACAAGCGCCACCUGCGCAACCAUGGCACCGAAGAGCAGUUCAAGUGGCGUCCGCGGCCAACGGUGGUUUCUCGGAGUGCCGCCUUGGUGCGUGCCACCUCCACUUCAGAAGGACAAACAUGA